CGUUCUAAGGUGAUCUCCACUAGAAGUUUGGUGGACAAGAGGAACAUACGCAUCAAAGAUAUCAUGUCUGGUAACAACAAUAAUUCACCUUUUAACUUACGUUCAAUCCUUGAGAAGGAUAAAUUGAACGGGAACAACUUCCUUGAUUGGGAAAGGAAUCUAAGAAUUGUUCUUAGGUCCGAAGGUCGAGAGGAUGUUCUUGAAACCCCGAUCCCAGUUUUAACUACUACCUCUACUGAUGCUGAGAAAGAGGCCCAUAAGGCCGUUGCAGAAAGGUCAGUAAUUGUUACUUGCCUUAUGCUAGCGGCUAUGGAACCAAGCCUUCAAAAGAGGUUUGCAAGCUUGGAUGCCUAUAGCAUUAUCCGACAGUUGAAAACCAUGUUUCAACAACAAGCUCGGAUAGAGAGGUAUGAAACUCACAAGGCUAUUCUUGAGUGUUCGUUAGUUGAAGGCAAGCCGGUCGCCACUCAUGUCUUCGAAAUGAUUGGUUAUUUCGAAGCCAUGGAGAGGUUGGGCUUUCCUUAUAGCCAAGAGUUGGCUACUGACAUCAUUCUGCACUCACUUCAUAAGGGGUUCAAUACGUUUCGAUUGAAUUUCAAUAUGAUGAGGGUGUCGAAAACCCUUGCUGAGUUAAUGGGAUGCUCAUGA